CCCAAGUCGUCCACCACACAUUUGCACUCGCUCCCUUACCCAGUACUGCACUCACUGCAUCACUCCACCUGCAUGUACGUAUGGGACUCAGGCCCUUUCCUACUCGCUCCCCGGUUCUAUCUGCGCUCCUAGAGACGUGCACCCAUCACCAGCGCCGUCCCUCUCAAAACGCACGAAGGGACAACGCACGGACUUCGCUCUCGGCUUACGGCCCGGUCCGCCCAUUAGACAUAUCGAUCCUGCUAUCACAAGACAGCUUCGUAGAAACUGCACAAGCACAAGCUGUCCGCAUAAGGGUUCCUCGAAACGGCCUUUUCGUGACACACCUUCACCACUCAUCAGCUCUCCUCCAGGUCUCGUGUCUCCUCCUUCAGUCUGCACUGCGCAGUGCUCUUCAACCCCUCUUCAAUCCCUUUUAGGUGUAGUCACUCUAUUUAAUGCCUCAGGCGGUGAGGCGUCUCAAAUUACAGGCUCGUGCUUCUUAAAGCGAUUAGCCUCUAAUUGUCCGAAAACAAGGUGUUCCGAGUGGGCUCCUUUCCGCAAGAAGAGCAGCAGCUACUGCCUGACGAAUCCUGUUUCGACCUGUUGGGAAAACACCCAAGAUGUCUCGACCUGGCUUGUUCCCAUCUACAAGCGGCGCAGCCGCACUGGCUGUGCUGCUGCUGCUCGUGUCGGGCAUGCAACACACGCCCUCAUGGCUGCCCACGGCGCAACGAGGGCCGCCGCCGCUGCUGCUGGCGGCGGCGGCGGCGACCGGAGGGCAAAACUACGGCGACGCGCUCGCCCUGAGCAUCCUCUUUUUCGAGCAGCAGCGGUCCGGAAAGCUGCCGCCUAAUCAGCGAGCCAAGUGGCGCGGGGAUUCCGGACUGAAGGACGGCAAAGAUGUCGGGGUGGACCUAUCCAAGGGCUACUACGACAGCGGCGACAACGUGAAGUACGGGCUGCCCAUGGCGUUCACGGUGGCCACGCUGGCGUGGGGAGUGGUGGAGUACGGUAGCCAGCUGGAGGCGCAGGGGCAGCUGCAGUACGCGCUGGAUGCCGUGCGCUGGGGGGCAGACUUUUUUGUAAACGCGCACCCCGAGCCGAAUGUGCUGUAUGCCCAGGUGGGCGAUGGCGUGUCGGACCACGCGUGCUGGCAGCGGCCCGAGGACAUGACCACGCCGCGCACGGCGUACCGCCUGGACGCUGCCAAUCCCGGCACGGAGGUGGCCGCGGAAGCCGCCGCCGCCCUCGCCGCCGCGAGUCUCGCGUUCGUGGCGAGCGAUAAGGGGUACUCAACCACGCUGCUGCGCCACGCGCGCGAGCUCUUCGCCUUCGCGGACAAGUACCGGAGGACGUACACUGCCAGCAUCCCCUCCGCCGCCACCUACUACCAGUCCUACUCCGGCUAUAAUGACGAGCUGCUGUGGGCGGCGGGGUGGCUGUACCGCGCUACAGCCGACCAGCAGUACCUGGGCUACAUCCGCGCCAACAAGGAGGCGCUCAAGGGCGCCGCUACAACCGCCAAGAUGUUCUCCUGGGACGACAAAUAUGCCGGCGCGCAGGUCCUGCUGUCGCAGCUCGCCCUGGUGGCGGACGACAGCACCAUGCAGCCGUACGCCGACCGUGCUCAGGAGUUCAUGUGCAACGUCGUGGGGGGGACUAAGACACCGGGCGGGCUGCUCAUCUUCCUGCCGUGGAGCAACCUGCAGUACGUGACGUCGGCGUCGCUGCUGCUCUCGGUGUACUCGGACUACCUGGACCGCGCCUCCGUGGCGUCCUUCAAGUGCGCCAGCGGGCCCACGCUCACUCCCGCGGACCUCAGGCGCACGGCGCAGAAGCAGGUGGACUACAUCCUGGGCAGCAACCCCAAGGCCAUGAGCUACAUGGCGGGGUACGGGUCGUACUACCCCAAGCGGCAGCACCACCGGGGGGCGUCGCUGCCGUCCAUCAAGAGCAGCCCCGCGUUCAUCGCGUGCGGGGAUGGCUUCUCCUUCUUCCACACGCAGAGCCCCAACCAGAACGUCCUGGCAGGAGCGCUAGUGGGCGGCCCUGACGCAUCAGACUCGUUCUCUGACGACCGCAGCAACUACCAGCAGAACGAGCCGAGCACGUACGUGAACGCGCCGCUGGUGGGUGUGCUGGCGCGCAUUGCAGGCGGCACGGAGAAGAUCCCCGUCACGCAUGCCGACCCUGCGCCCAUUACUGCGCCCAAGGGGAGCCGGCCGGGAGGGAGUACUGGAGGAGGGAAGGGGUCCGGUGGUGGAAGCAGUGGUGGGGCGAAGAGCCCCCCAAAGAGCCCACCGAAGAACACUGGAGCAGGCAAGCCCAGCAAUGGCAAGAACAACAAUGGCGACAGCAAGAGCAGCAGCGGCAGCAAGGGCGGCAGCAAGGGCGUGCGGCGGCUGGUGGUGCGCACGAAGCAGACGGGCACGUGGAAGGACAAGAGCGGGCAGGAGGUGGGGCGGUACUCGGCCAACAUCACCAACGUCAGCGGGGGGCGGCUCAACGCCGUCACCCUGCGAGCCAGCAACUUCCAUGCAUCAAGCUACUGGGGGCUGACUUGGUCGGAGAAACCCAGGGGGUACCGGAUAGUGCAGAACGGUGGAAACCUGGACAAGGGCUCGUCAGUCGCAGUGGUGUACAUCCAAUCGGGGGGCAAGGCCCGUUUCCGCGGCAUUUGGAAGGACUAAGUGCGUGGGAGGGCGAAAAGCAUGGGAGGUGAAAAGCGUGGGAUGGCGAAAAGUACGGAAGGACUAACGGUGAUUCGUGAUACCUGUCAGCUGAUCCUGAAGUGUGCUGUAGAAGGAAUGGGCAUGCGACACAGUACUAGGGAGGAGAAGGCUUCUCAGGCACCUUACAAGAAUUCGACUAAGGGCGCAUUCCCCCUGCGUGUCACGCUCUCUGGCACGAGGGCUUUGUGUCAGCAUCCUGACACGCCUUGGGGAUUCACCCUAACAUCAGUAGUAGCGGAGGAUAGGGCCCCGCAUCGUUGUGGGGAGGUUAUGAGCCCAUAAUCAUACGGUGGGAAAAAGAAUACGAGCGUUAGUGGUGCGCGCAAGUGUAAUGUAUUAUAGUAGAUUGCCUUCACGGUGGGCUGUAGAUAAGUGUCAUGAUGAGUAUUCAUAUUAGUCGAUGUGAGCUAAUUUCUAAACUAAUUCAUAGGGAUAGGUAUAUUGGGUCUUUUUGUAUCGCAGUACAUAUUUAUAUAUGAUCAUUUGGGCUGGAA